UGGAGCGCAACACGGAUGGAAUCACGGCGUGGUGGCGCGCAACGGAGGAGCGUUCGGAGAAGUUUGGGUAAUUCUGUAAAAUUCUCCGCAGAGCGCAUCUUACCAUGGGGGACGGUCUGCCGUCCGUAAACUACAGCAAUGACUCUAAACGCGGGAAAGUGGACCUUAAUGCUCCGGAACAUGGCUUAUCGGAACAGUGGGUUGUGGGAAUGGGGCUGAUCAUGGGUGUGAUAGUAUUGAUUACUGUAGUGGGAAAUAUAUUGGUAAUUAUCGCUAUAGCCCGGAAUCAGAGACUUCAAACACUGACCAACGUUUUCAUCGUCUCCUUGGCUUCUGCGGACCUGAUUAUGGGAUUGCUUGUGGUUCCGUUCGGCGCCGCACUGGAAGUCAGGGGAGUAUGGCUAUUCGGAGGUUUCCUCUGUGAGUUCUGGAUUUCAGCUGAUGUCCUGUGUGUGACUGCUAGCAUUGAAACGCUGUGCGUAAUUGCAAUAGACAGGUAUAUAGCAAUUACAUGGCCUUUUCGUUAUCAGAGCCUUUUAACAAAAUCGAGGGCGAAGGUGGUCGUGUGUGCGGUGUGGGCUAUUUCAGCUCUGGUCUCAUUCCCACCUAUUCUGAUGCACUGGUCGCGGGACGAAGAAGAGACGUCGUGCUACGACAAUCCGGAGUGCUGUGACUUCGUUACCAAUCGGGCUUACGCCAUCGCCUCCUCAAUCAUAUCUUUUUACAUUCCUUUAGUGGUUAUGAUAUUUGUUUAUGCCAGAGUGUACAGAGAGGCUAAAAAACAAUUGCAUAAAAUAGAUAAGUGCGAAGGAAGGUUUUAUAAUAACCAUGGUGUGUCGAAUUAUAAACCGAGCAGAAAAAGACCGUCUAAGAUCCUUGCGAUGAAGGAGCAAAAGGCGCUGAAAACACUCGGAAUAAUUAUGGGUACGUUUACGCUGUGCUGGCUGCCGUUUUUUAUCGUCAAUGUCGUCAGAGUGUUUCAUGCCGAAGUGGUGGACAAGAACCUCUUCGUGUUUUUCAACUGGUUGGGUUAUGUGAACUCGGCCUUUAACCCCAUAAUUUACUGCCGAAGCCCGGACUUCAGAAAAGCUUUCAAGAGACUGUUGUGCUGUCCGAGGCAAGCAGACCGCAGACUGCACAUCAGCUCCUGUGACCUUUCGCGCUGCGCCGGGGGGUUUGUGAACUCCAUGGAGCCGAGUGUGAUCAGGACAUGGUCCAACUGCAACGACAUAGACAGCAGUAGCUAUAGUCUGGAGAGAGGAAGUAAAAUGUCCCGUUCCGAGUCGCAGUUGUAAUUUGAAGAAGUUGCAACUGUAAUUUAAGGAUUUCCAGUACAAAAUUCCCAGUACAAUUGCAUAAGCAUAAUACUGUUAGAAGUUGACACCUUUACGCAGCCUACUAAAACUGCGGUCGGGCUCUAGUUCGAAAAAGGGAAAGAAUCAAGAGACUUCUUACAACAACCACACGAGUGCAGUGACUGUGAAGAAAAAGAAUGCUUAAAUGUCGAUUUGUUACGAUGUGUUUUGAGCACUUGCACUGUAUCAACCUCUUCAUUUUUAAAGCAAUUUUUCACUAAACUGUCAGCCAUCAUAUUGUGCAUAGGAAUGUGACGUUGUAUGAAAUCUUUUUCCUACAGCCUUACUUUACCUCAUACCUAAGAAAUGUGCAAAUUGUACGAAAGGAAGUUGUUUAUAUUAAACAACCUUGUCAAACUGUCAGUAUUUAUUUGGUACCAAGUACAGCUGAUAGUGCGGUAGCGUGUUGAGCUGCCAGCAGGACGUGACAUCAUAAUGGGAACUGUGAUUCAUUGCUGUUUGCACCUUCUAUUUUGUCUAACGCGAGCUGCUUCUUUUCCUUUUACAUGUCAUAUCACUAUUUAAUAUUUUAAUAUGACAUUUUGCCUACUUAUAAAAUCGAUCCUAAGUGUUCCAUUAAUUGACGCACAAACCGGUCUGGUCCAGUUUUAUUUAGCACAUUUCCUUCCAAACUCCAUACAGUCGAUUAGUAAUUUGUGUAUCAAUUCCUCAUGUAAUGUAUAGAGUCGUCAUGUUUACGAGUGUGCAAUAAAAUGUCCUGUUAAAAACA